GCCUGCGGCGGCGCGUGGGCUUGCCAGCGCGGGGGACAGGGCCUGUGCUCCCGAGGGGUUGCGGGGUCGGGAGGCCGGGGACACCCAGGGGUGUGGCGGCGGCGAAGCCGAGCCCGUCCGAGCCGGCACCUUCGGGCGUCCCUGUCCCACGUGACUGUCGCCUCCUCCCUCCUCCCAGUCGCGCGCGCACGGGCCAGGCGUCUCGACUCCCGCGCGCGCUCGACUGGUCCCAGUCCCCGGGAGGAGAAGCGGAGGAGGGAACGAGCGAGGCGGCCCGGGGGAGCGGGCGCGAGCGGCGGCUGCCGGGGCCGCCUGUGCACCGCGGCGAGGGUGGCGGUGGCCUGAGCAGCGCGAGUGUGAUGAGGCUGCCCUGCCUCGCAGCUCCGCUCGCAGCCAGCUGACAGCGCCUGCCCUCAGCACACCCGGAGGGGAGCCGCGGGGCCGUGACCUUGGCCGAGGAGGGCAGAUUGAUCAUCCUUGUAUCUGAGCUACCAAGUUCUGGGUGAAAUGGCUCAGGGAAAUAAUUAUGGACAGACCAGCAACGGGGUGGCGGACGAAUCACCCAACAUGCUGGUGUACAGAAAGAUGGAAGAUGUCAUAGCACGUAUGCAAGACGAGAAAAACGGAAUUCCCAUCCGUACCGUCAAAAGCUUCCUUUCCAAGAUCCCCAGUGUGUUCUCCGGGUCAGACAUUGUUCAAUGGUUAAUAAAGAACUUAACUAUAGAAGAUCCAGUGGAGGCUCUCCAUUUGGGAACGCUAAUGGCUGCCCAUGGCUACUUCUUUCCCAUCUCAGAUCAUGUCCUCACACUCAAGGAUGACGGCACCUUCUACCGGUUUCAAACACCCUAUUUUUGGCCGUCAAAUUGUUGGGAGCCAGAAAACACAGACUAUGCUGUUUACCUCUGCAAGAGAACAAUGCAAAACAAGGCAAGGCUAGAGCUAGCAGAUUAUGAAGCCGAGAGCCUGGCCAGGCUGCAGAGAGCAUUUGCCCGGAAGUGGGAGUUCAUUUUUAUGCAAGCAGAAGCACAAGCUAAAGUGGACAAGAAGAGAGACAAAAUUGAAAGGAAGAUCCUCGAUAGUCAAGAGAGAGCAUUCUGGGAUGUCCACAGGCCUGUGCCUGGAUGUGUAAAUACUACAGAAGUGGACAUUAAGAAGUCAUCCCGGAUGAGAAACCCACACAAAACACGAAAGUCUGUCUAUGGUUUACAAAAUGACAUCCGAAGUCACAGUCCCACCCACACACCUACACCAGAAACCAAGCCUCCUACAGAAGAUGAGCUGCACCAACAGAUAAAAUACUGGCAAAUACAGUUAGAUAGACAUCGGUUAAAAAUGUCAAAAGUUGCUGAUAGUCUACUAAGCUAUACGGAACAGUAUGUAGAAUAUGACCCGUUUCUUGUGCCGCCUGACCCUUCCAAUCCAUGGCUCUCAGAUGAUACGACUUUCUGGGAACUUGAAGCAAGCAAAGAACCAAGUCAACAGAGGGUAAAACGAUGGGGUUUUGGUAUGGAUGAGGCAUUGAAAGACCCAGUUGGGCGAGAGCAGUUCCUUAAGUUUCUAGAAUCAGAAUUCAGCUCAGAGAACUUAAGGUUCUGGUUGGCAGUGGAGGACCUGAAGAGAAGGCCUAUCCGAGAGGUCCCCUCGAGAGUGCAGGAAAUAUGGCAAGAAUUUCUGGCUCCUGGGGCCCCCAGUGCCAUUAACUUGGAUUCUAAGAGUUAUGACAAGACCACACAGAAUGUGAAGGAACCAGGACGAUACACAUUUGAAGAUGCUCAGGAGCAUAUUUACAAGCUGAUGAAGAGCGACUCAUACCCCCGCUUUAUAAGAUCUAGUGCCUACCAGGAACUUCUACAGGCAAAGAGAAAGUCUGGAAACUCAAUGGAUCGCAGAACGUCUCUUGAGAAAUUUGCACAGAAUGUGGGCAGAAACCUCCCUAUUUUCCCAUGCCAUAAAAACUGUACACCAACACUGAGGGCCAGCACUAACCUGUUAUGAAAAGAGGGAAAAACUCUCACAUCCAAGAGGUUAACAAGCCUUGUUCAGUCUUACUAGAAGGACCGUCUUUGUCACAUGAGUGCUGAACGGAGCCAUCGCCCAUACCUUGUAGCCCAUCGCUGUUACCUGGAGCCAAGGACGUUAGACCAAGAUGUUGCAUGAACGAAGGACUGGAAUUGUUCUUUUCUGUGUGCACAUAAAGGCAUCACACUUGCCAAGGGACGCUGUCAUUUCAUUGCCUUCAUCUUCAUGUGUCGUCUGCUUCCCUCUCUCCUCGUGCUAAGCUGGAUCCGUGUCCUUUUCUUUUUAACGAGUUCAAGUGAACGAAAACUUAUUUUUCCCCCUUUCCUCUCCUUUUCUUGAAGCUUCUGCUAGAUGCACAGUUCACUGAAAAUUCAGUCAGUCACAAACUGGAAGAAUUGUAAAAGAAAAAAAAAGUAUAUAUCACUAAGUACACACAUGGCUUCACACUUAUUAACUAAUAAAUUGGCACAGAAGGUGUCGUUUCACCCUUGUAUCCACAGUCUGAAGCAAGCACCCAUUUCCAUCGGUUCUCCGGACAUUGUCUGUUCCUGUUUCUUGCAUUUAUUUUUAUACCAUAUUUAAAUGAGAAAACACCUUUUACUCCAGAUGUAUCAAAGUUGACCUCUUCUCUGUAAAUUUGUGUAUGUUUAUAUUGUUGUUUUAUCUUUCAUUAAAAGAUGCAGAAUCUCGUUGCUUUGGAA